AUGGACGCCCUGACCCCUCUCCCGACCCUGAUCCGCAAGAAGCGGGACGGGGAGCGUCUGGAGGACGCCGAGAUCCGGAGCUUCGUGCGCGGCGUCACCGAGGGCACCGCGCAGCAGGGACAGAUCGGGGCCAUGCUGAUGGCCAUCCGGCUGCGGGGCAUGGACGCGGGUGAGACACUGGCCCUGACCCAGGCCAUGGCCAGCUCUGGCCGGACACUGGCCUGGCCGCCCGCCUGGCACGGGCUGGUGGUGGACAAGCACUCAACUGGUGGCGUUGGGGACAAGGUCAGCCUGGCCCUGGCCCCCGCGCUGGCCGCCUGUGGCUGCAAGGUGCCCAUGAUCAGCGGGCACGGGCUGGGCCACACCGGGGGCACCCUGGACAAGCUGGAGGCCAUUCCCGGGUUCCGCGUGUCCCAGAGCCCCGAGGAGAUGCAGCACAUCCUGGCGCGGGUGGGCUGCUGCAUCGUGGGGCAGAGCGCGGAGCUGGUGUCCGCGGACCGGGUGCUCUACGGGCUGCGCGACGUCACGGCCACCGUGGACAGCCUGCCCCUCAUCACAGCCUCCAUCCUCAGCAAGAAGGCGGCGGAGCGGCUCUCGGCGCUGGUGCUCGAUGUGAAGUUCGGGGAGGCAGCUCUGUACCCCACCCAGGAGAGCGCGCGGGAGCUGGCCCAGAGCCUGGUGGAGGUGGGCGCACACCUGGGCAUCCGCACGGCGGCCCUGCUGACCCGCAUGGAGCAGCCGCUGGGCCGCGCCGUGGGCAACGCGCUGGAGGUGCUGGAGGCGCUCGAGUGCCUGGAGGGGGGCGGCCCCCCCGACCUGCGACACCUGGUCACCGCCCUGGGCGGGGUGCUGCUGUGGCAGUGCGGGAUGGCCGCGGGGGCCGAGCAGGGCCGUGAGCGCCUGGCCCGGGCUCUGGACGAUGGCUCGGCCCUGGGCACGUUCGAGGCCAUGCUGGGGGCACAGGGGGUGCCCCCCGACACCGCCCGGGGCCUCUGCGCCGGGACCCCCGCCCAGCGCCGCCAGCUCCUGGGCGAGGCCAAGGUCUGCGAGGAGCUGCCCGCGCCGCAGGAAGGCUGGGUGCAGCAGGUGCGGGCGCUGCCCCUGGCGCGGGUCCUGCACCGCCUGGGCGCGGGCCGGUCGCGGGCCGGGGACCCCGUGAACCCCCGCGUGGGCGCCGAGCUGCUGGUGGGCACCGGGCAGCACCUGCGGGCAGGCGAGCCCUGGCUGCGGGUGCACCAUGAGGGGACCCUCAGCGCCGAGGGCCGGCGCCAGCUGCAGGACGCGCUGUGCCUCGGCCCGGAGCCCCCCCGGGACCCGCCGCCGCUGGUGGCCGAGACCAUCGUGCCCUCGGGAGCCCUCCCGGGCCGUGCCGGGACUCACAAUAAACCGCAGUGA